UCAGUUCUUGGAGAAGCUGAAUAUCUCCUCUUGGGAGAACCAGGACAUGUAGCGCUAAGCAACACCACAGUGUCUGUGGCUUUCCAGUAUUUUGAUGGUGCUAAUGGGACCCUGAGGAAUGUAUCUGUGCUGUUGCUGGAGGCUAACACCAAUCAGACUGUGACCACCAAAUACCUCCUGACCAACCAGUCCCAGGGGACACUUGAGUUUGAAUGCUUCUACUUCAAGGAGGCUGGCGACUACUGGUUCACGAUGACUCAGGGAGUGACAGACAGCAGCACUCCAGUUCCCUGGUGGGAGAAAAGUGCCUUUCUGAAGGUGGAAUGGCCCGUCUUUCAGGUUGAUCUGAAUAGGACAUCCGAAGCAGCAGAAGGCACCUUCCAGGUGGGCCUUUUCACCAAUCAACCACUAUGCCUGUUCCCUGUGGACAAGCCUGACAUCUUGGUGGAUGUCAUCUUCACCAACAGUCUUCCUGAGGCAAGAACAAGUCAGGAACAACCACUGGAGAUAAAAACCAGCAAGAGGACAGAACUCUCUCAAGGUCAAUGGGUUGAGUUUGGCUGUGCACCUGUGGGGCCAGAAGCCUAUGUCACCGUGGUGCUGAAGUUGUUUGGCCGAGACUCAGUCAUUACCUCCAUAGGACCGAUUGACCUGGCCCAGAAAUUUGGAUACAAAUUGGUGAUGGUGCCAGAACUCACAUGUGCAUCCCAGGUGGAGGUGAUGGUGCUGCCCCCACCAUGCAUCUUUGUCCAAGGAGUGAUUGCUGUCUUCAAGGAGGCCCCCAGACGUCCUGGGGAAAAGACCAUUCGCCUGGCUGAAAACAGACUGACUUUGGGACAGAGGAGAACAGUGUUCAAUUGCACUUUGUUCGACAUGGGGAGGAAUAAAUACUGCUUUGACUUGGGCAUUUCAAGCAGAAGCCAGUUUUCCACAAAGGAGAAGGAGUGCAUGCUAAUUCAGAGAAAUAUAGGUUGGUAUUGA